GUAUCAGUGUCAAGGCCAUAUUAUCAGAUGAUGGCCUUUUCAAUGAAAACGUUUAUUAUCAUUAUACAUUUGUAAGGAACUACCUUUAUGGAUAGAUUGUUAAAGCUAUGUGUGCUGUGAUGCUAACAUCUUUUAUGAACGAUGAGGGUACGAAAACAGUUUUAAAUGAUGAGAAAAGUAAAGAUUCUUUGUUAGAGACCUUAUUAACAUCUAUUAAACAGUGCCAGACUCGAUUUGGGGGCAAAGCAGAAUUGGCCACAGAAUCAAAUAAAGAAGUAAAUCAUCUCUGUUGUGUAUGGGAAAGUAUAUUUUUACAUGGCUUAAAACGUAAUGCUCAGACGACUAAGUUCUCAUCUUUAUUGUCACCAUCACCUACUCUACCACAUUCCGUAUUAUGGUGUUAUAUUAAAAAACACCUGCUGAAUAAACAUGAGCAUCAAAGAUUUACUUUAUUGAGAAAUAUUUCUACUGACUACGGGCGAGUAAAAGCUUGGAUUCGAGCUUGUCUAAAUGAACAUUCCUUAGAAAAGUAUAUUCUUUUGUUACUCGAGAAUGAACCUUCAUUAAUUCAGUUAUACGAAUCAUGGGCCCUGAUUCGAGAUGCAGAAAAAUCGGCGAUGAUGCCAAAUUGUGCUGCCGGCUUAAAAUCAAUUCUAUUUGCUUUGUCUGUCGACAAUAGUAUGUGGGAUGAAAUACCACCCAAACAAAUAUUAAACGUUGAAGAACAACACAUUGAUCUUUCAAAAUCUUCUCAGGUCGUUAAAGUAAAGAAAAAGAAGAAGGUAAACGUCGUUCCUCUCAACGAAGAAAUGGACGGUAGUUCUUUCUCAAGCUCUGGCAGAAGCUCCCCAUCAUCUACUCUUUCACUUGUUAUAAGCAGUCAAGCCUGCAAAAAAAGUAAUCAUAAUCGCUCUUCUAGUCUCGAUUUGAAUCGGUUAGCCACGAAAAAUACUUCAAACAAACUGAAACAUCAUGAAAGCUAUGAAGAAUUUUUUAAUUCUUAUGGCAAUAAUUAUGAUAGUUUGGAGGGAGAGAAUGUUAUAACUCCUGUUUCUCAAAAUGGAGAGUCACCGUCUCUUGUGCCAGUCAUGCAGCAAGUUGAAGAAGCUGCAACGGCUUUAUCAAAUGUUUUAAACUAUCCCACUUGCUCAAAUGAAGAAAGCAUAGAAAAUCCAGGCAAACUAAACAACCAAGAUUUAAGACAAGCUGUAGUUGACAUGAUGGAAAGAAAAGAUGAAGCAGAACAAAAAGUUAACGGUCUAAAAGAAUCCCUAAGUGAGGAACAGGCCAAAGUGUGUUCUUUAAAGGAUGAAUUGAACACAGUUAAAGGAAAAUUCGAACAGGAAAUGAAAGUACUAAAAGAAGAAAAUAAUUUACUGAAGCGUCAAUUAAAAAAGUACGUUAGUGCUGUGCAACUGCUACGAGGGGGCGCUUCAGUUGAUCAACUUCCAGUUCAUGUACCUGAUGUUACGCCAAUACCCCCAACGUUACCACCAAUAAACAUAGAAUCAGAGGAAUAUGAGAAAAAGUUGAUCGAGGUUGCAGAUAUGCAUGGAGAAUUAAUGGAAUUUAAUGAAAUUUUACAAAAACAAAUUAAUUCUAAAGAUAAUUUCAUAAAAACCCUACAAUCUGAAUUGACUGAACUAAGGGGACCUCUACCCUCAACGUUAAGUAACGGUGAAAAUAUCGAUGAGUACACUAGUGUUGGCGCUCUUGUUAAUAUUUGGAUUCCCUGUGCUUUCUUAAAAAAUCCUUCAUCUCCCAGUGCUCAUCAUAUAUACGUCCGAAUACAAAGCGAUGAAUGGAAUGUAUACAGAAGAUAUACUGAAUUUUAUCGCCUCAAGCAUGAUACUAAGAAAUCUAAUAAUGAGAUAGCUGAUUUGGAAUUCCCCCCGAAAAAAACUUUUGGAAAUCGGCAAGUACAAUUUGUAGAAGAAAGGCGAAAGUCUUUGCAAAAAUGGCUGCGAUCUACUUUAAAUAUACUUUUGCGAGAUCGACGGACAACUUUAAACAAACACCAGUUGCUUGAAAUCAUACCCUUUCUCAAGUCAGUUUGA